AUCGAUCUGAUCGGUGAACGGUACCGUAACGGUGUUCAUACUGCGCAGUAAUUUAUUUUUACACCGAAAUUUCAGGGAAAACCGUCGAUUUAAAAAACUCCGGGAAAGUCAGUGGUCGGCCAUUGAAGGGCGGGACGACGAUGAGGUCAAAGGUCAUCUGAACCCGGAACAUCAACAAAGCAAACAAAGACGGCAGGAGAGACGUUUCAGUCGGUUAAAUCUUCCUCCGCUUCCCGCCGACAUGUCCCCCGUCUCCCUGCCCGCUAACAGGCUGCUGGUGGCGGCUCUCAGCCUGCUCCUGACCCGCCUGUCCUGCUCCUCUCUGUCGGUCCCGGACAUCCCGCACAUCGCCGCUUACUUCGGGACCAAGACCCGGUACGAGGAGGUGAACCCGCACCUGCUGCGGGACGUCUUCUCCGUCAACGCGUCCGUCCUAAAACCUCCGCCCACCGAGCGCUGCUCCCCGGUCCACCUGACCGCCGUCAUCCGGCACGGCAGCCGGUACCCGACCGUCAAGAACAUCCGCAGGAUCCAGAAACUGAGCGAGCUGGUCCGGAGAGAAGCGUCCAGAGGGUCCGCGGAGGGCUGGCUGCAGGACAUCCAGAGCCGCUGGGAGAUGUGGUACACCGAGGACAUGGACGGUCAGCUGGUGAUGAAGGGCAGGGAGGACCUCCGUCAGUUGGCGGGGCGUCUGUCCGUCUUGUUUCCGUCCCUGCUGUCGGAGGAGAACCUGAGGAGGAUCAGUUUCCUGAGCAGCUCGAAGCAUCGCUGUGUGAGCAGCGUGGAGGCGUUUCAGGAGGGUCUGCAGCGCCGCUGGGGACGAUCAGAGGUCGAGUACGGCCACGAGGUGGACGACGAGCUCAUGAGAUUCUUCGAGCGUUGCCGCGGUUACGUGGAGGGCGUGGAGAAGAACCGCACGGCGCUGCAGGAGGUGGAGAAGUUCAAACACGGCGAGGAGAUGGAGGGAGUGAGGAGGAGGACGGCCGAGAGACUGGGCCUUCCUCACCACCGCCUCACACCGGAUUUGGUCGAGGCGGCAUUCUUCUUGUGUUCCUAUGAGCUCUCCAUCAAAUCCCUUCACUCACCGUGGUGUUUCCUGUUUGACGAAAGCGACGCCAAGGUGUUGGAGUACAAGUCGGACCUGAAGCAGUACUGGAAGCGCUCACACGGUCAUGUGAUCAGCAGCCUGUCCAGCUGUCCUCUUUUCCAUCACGUCUUCAGGACACUCGACAAAGCUGGACGCCCACGCAGGGCCACUGAGGCAUCCCCAGAGCCGGCCUCCAUCCUGGUGGGUCACGCUGAGACGCUCCUACCCCUCCUCUCCCUGCUGGGACUCUACAAGGACAAGACUCCACCCACUGCCAGCAACUACCACUCACAGCACAGAAGGAGUUUCCGGACCAGCCAGAUUGUUCCAUACGCCGCCAACCUCCUCUUCGUUCUGUACGACUGCCAGCGAGGCCCCCGGCUGCAGCUGCUUGUCAACGAGACCCCGGUUCGAUUCCCAGGGCUGGAGUCUGAGGAUGCCCCGUUGUACCGGGACGUCCGGGCCACGUACCGCCACCUGCUGGACGGCUGCGACUUCCACAGGGAGUGCGAGGGGCGGACCGGUGGCCGGGCGCCAAACACCGAACUCUGAGAGGAAAUGGUGGUUUAAUGGCAGUGACGGGAGAAUCAGCGCCACCUGCCAUUCAUCAGGAUGGAAGCAAGACUUCACUCAUGUUUUACUUUGAGACAUUUUCUGGAGAUUUGGUUUGUGUUUUCGUUCUGUCUGGAUCAAGACUUCUGAGAAAACUCUUUUGACGACGGAAUCAGUUUACAAACUUUUAGUUUUAAUGUUUGGUUUUGGUGAACUGACACUUUAAUCUUUGCUGUAAACCAGAAUCAAUGGGGAAACUUGAUUUUUUUUGCGAUACUACAGGGUUAAUUAAUGAAGCUUUAUGUUUAUUUAUUCUGAUUUUUACAAUCAUGUGAUGUAUCUUUCUUGUCUUAAGCUCUCAGCAGAUUCACUGAGCUUCUUCUAAUCUCAGUUUGAGAAGAUUUUCACAAUAAAAGCUCUGGUUAGUCUGUGGUGAUUUAAAUUGAUUUGUGUCUUCAGGGUGAAUUAUUAUUUUUCUCUGUUUCAUACAUUUUUGUGCCUAAAGAAAAUUUCAAAUGGCGACUCAGCUUCUUCUGAAAAAUGUCACAUGUUGAGGUUGUUUAUGUUGCUUUUUGUUUGGUUUUAUUUCCUGUGGAAUUUUUCCUGAUGCCAAAUGUUUCUAAUUAAAAGCUUUAAACUGCCAA